ACAAGUUUGGGCGGUUCAUGUGUAUAGUGAGUUUUAGCUGUUCGCCGCAUACGGAUUGCAUUCCGCAAAUAUUGUCGAGCUCAGGAAUUUACGUGUAAUGCAAAACUAACCACAAAGAAUACUUUUUAAAUGUAAUCAAUUAGAGAUUUAAAUGAAAUGCCUGUAAAAGCAUGCACGUGGAUUCGGGUAAUAUUAUUUAUGUUGUAAUGAGCGCGCAACUUGUUACAUAGCUUUUAAUCGGUGACCAAAAAAAGCGGUUUGACAAGAUUUGGUUUUGUACCUAUUAAGUUACGACAAAAUGGACCAAAUAUAAUGAACGUGCCAACUAAUAAAACGCUCAAUUCAAAUAUAACAAACAUCAACGUUUGCGGCUCUUCCUUUGGUAGUCCAAUGGAUGCAUUGCCCAAACAGUUUGUCGCUUCAAUGAAAACACUUUUCGAUAUAUUGGAUGACCAGCACACCGGGUUCGUACGGUUUUUGGACAUUGAAAAAGGAUGGCAAGAUGAUGGCUGCAAAGGAUUGCCACAUGGCGUCAUUGAUUCACUUCGAAAAGUAACGCCUGCAAGUGGUCUCCUUUCGUUUGACCGUUUCUGUGCCGGCUUGAAAUUGUGUCUGUUACGUAAUCAAAACGCUUCUGUCGGCAGCGCAACUGCAGGAGCAAACAGUGUCGCUGUUCAUACCGGCGUCUCGCCAGUAAAACCUCCUCGACCACCAUCUGCACCACUUUUAGACAUCGACAGUACUGUACAUGGUAACACAACUUGGGGAGUUAGCAACACCACAACUGCCACUGUACGUCCACAUAAAAUUGUAUCUGCUCACCGUGCCCUCAGUUUGCCGCAGUUAAGCCCAGACUCGGAGCUGGAAGUAGAAAUGAAUGGUGCUGAUGUUGGCAUAUACAAUUCACCAGCGCCACCACCGAAACCUCCGCGCGCCUCAGCUGCUAAUCAACUCGGCACCGCGACUACUCCAACUACGCCUUUGGACAAGGCAGAGAUUCGGCAUGCAUUGCAGAAUUGGCAAAUGGGCAUAUUACUAAACGAAAUGGGCGCAAAAGAGAAACGAAACUCGGCAUAUUUGUAUAAUCACUUUCCAUAUCGUGGUUGUGCAGAUGGUGGAUCAUCAUCAGCCACUGAUAGCGUCACAGGAACAGUGGGCACACUGCACCCUAAAAAGGGCAGCUCAAAACGACGAGAGCCGCGACGGCACACACUGCAGAAUGGUAUUGACUACAAUAUGCUCAAACGUCUCAAACAAUUCGAAGAGGAGCGUGAAGUACUGUUGACGGGCUUAGAUGCAGUAGAGAAAGCACGUGAGUGGUACUUACAGCAAAUGGCUAAUGUUCAGGAGAAGAUUAAAUAUUUGGGACGGAUGGGUCACGUAGAACAAUGGUCGGAGGUACGACAGGAACGGCUAGAAUUCCAACGCGCCCGCGUAUAUGAAGUAAAUCGAAAUUUAGCUGCUCUUGCCGAUUGCUGGGAGCGUGGAGGAUUCCCUUUACAUUUUAAUCUUGCAAUAAGAACGCCCGGUAAAGCGCUAAGUCAGCGCAAUGUUAGCGGCAACAAUAGUGGUGGGUUGCUUCAACCAGUAGACCGCCUGCGUCAACAAAAUCAUAAUCUUACGAAUGAGGUAAACUUAAAAAGCGACCGGAUAGCAUUGCUGGAGCGUGAAAAGCAAUCACUAAUGAGGGAAUUGUACGAGUUGAGACAAAGAGUUGGACGAAGUCCAGGAUUUGUAAACGUUCUAGGUCAAUCAUCACCUUCAUCUUCCGGGGGACUUGGAGAAGCGGACGUCGUUUUCUAAUGAAGCGAACGUUGUUUUCUAAUGUUAAAAAAUUUUAAGUAAGCUCUUUGAAGACUUUAGUAAGUGCUUAGAAUAAAUAAGAAAACUUAUAAAUACAAAACUGUA